CUCUCCCUUUCCUUUUGUUUUUUAUUUUUUACUGUAUCUGCUUUGCUGUGUGAUUCAUUUUCAGUUUUUCUCUCUAUUUCUCACAACUGUUUUCGGCUCUCUUUCUCUAGAGUUAUCCAUGUCUUCUUCUACUGAAAACGGAGAAGACAGUGGUGAAGAAGAAGCAGUGGCUUCGACUUCUCGGUUGGAGACGAGGCGAAGGGUUUCUGCAUCUUCGGCUGCUCGACUGAUAGCAUCCACAAAUGGAGUUUGGCCUGAACCUUUCGUCGAAUCUCUCGCUGUGAAUGUUGCUAUGGAAGCGUAUAAUAGCGUUGGUCCAUUAGCAGCUGGUCCGGCCCUCGCAAACCUAUUCAUGGUAUGCUCGACCUGGCGCAGCGUCUCCACCUCCGAAACCCUAUGGCGAGUCCUCUGCUCCAAUGUGUGGGGUUUCAGCACCCUAACCCGGGCCUCUUGGCGAUCCGAAUAUGCGUUCAGACAUCGAACCGCGUCCAACUUCCGCAAUCGCCAGUCGCGCCACUUCACCCUCCAGCUCGAGCCCACCUCGCCUGCCUCCACGCCCACUUGCCGGCGCAUCGGUCUCUCUGACCGCUACUUGGCCCUAGGCUUCCUUGAUGGCUCAGUCCGAGCCUUUGAUUUACGCACUCGAGCCCAUCUUGGGUCGUAUUGUCCAGCCCACUCGGAUCGACUGGGCCCGUACUCCCGAGCCGUGUCUGGGCUCGUCAUAGAUAAUGAUCGACUCGUGUUUGCCUUGUUGGAUGGGAAUGUUUAUGAGGGGGAUAUUUCGGGCUGGGUUUUCCGGCGAGUUUUGGCUGGAAACGUGGUGGAUAACGGCACAUGCGUUGAUUUUAACGGUAACGGUCGAUUUUGGGUGGGGCUUUUUGCUGGGGUGCCCGGUCGAGCCGUCAGGGUUUGGGAUGCGGUAACGGAGGAGACGCUAUUUGUUGGGGGUGAUCUGACGGACCCAGAUGCUGUUCGUGGGUGGCGCCUCCUCACCGAGCCGCACCGGACCCUGGGGCGCGUGCGAGUGGGCGCUGGUGGACUCGUGGUCGCCUGCACCGAGUCAAGAGUUUCGGUAGUUUUCGGCGCCGAAGACGAAAUUUACGAAAGCUUCGGAGACUUCAUGGUUGGGUGUUUCGACGCUCAUGGCGAAAGGUGCCUGGUCGUGUCUAGAGAUGAGGAAGCUACAAUCAGGCACUUGCCGGACCUGAAUCGCACGUGCGAGUUUGAGGUGGAGGGGGUUGCCACGAAUGAGGCAUUGGGUUGCAUGAAUUGGACUCAGGGUUUUGUUUGUUCGGAGGGGGUAAUAGGCACGUGGGAUCUGAGGAGUGGCGAGAAUUUGUAUCAUUUCAGGGAGGAUUUAGGUGAGGCCACGGCCAUUGUGGCGGAUGAUUUACAUGUGGCGGCGGUUACAACAGACGCGUUGCUUCAUUUGUGGAGCUUUGCUGCGCUCUAGAGGGUAGUUAGGUGACAGGUGCGCCCAUAGAGCGAGUGAACCAAGUUUGAGAGAGAGGAGAGGGAGAUUGACUAUUCUUUUUUAAAAGAGGCGGCGGCCGCACAGAAUCAGAAACUAUGUUUUAUGUCCAUGGCCAUGCUGCUACUGUGUUAGAGAAAAGAGGUUUGGAUAUGGGAAACAA